AUGUGCAAGGUGAUUGAACGUGACCCUGGCGAGUUUCUACAGUCCUACGUGGCCGACGAUGUCCACUGGACUGUAUCGGGACCAUUUAAGAAGACGCACCCUUUGGCAGGCGUUUAUAAUUCAAGGGAGGAGUUCAAACAGAACACCUUCGUACCUCUUUCCGGUAGAUUCGACGGCGGUCUGAAGCUUCGAGUAGUCGACGUCAUUUCUCAAUUCCCGAGCAGACCAGGCGACCCUGUCAAAGUAUGUAUAGAACUCGAAGGUGUGGCAACUCUCAAGAAGGGCCAGAACGAAUGGCGUAAUUAUUACAGCUGGGUCAUGCACUUCAAGGAGGAGAAGGCCGUCACUGUCCGUGCUUACCUAGACAGCGCCAUUGUCAAUGAGGCAAUGGCUGACUAG